CAGAGAAGAGUAUUGAGAGUUGGCUGGCACGGGUUACCUGCAUGCAGGAAUGCGAGGGCCAUCACUUUUCCCAGGACUCUGCAUUCUGCUGAGUUUGCCAGGAGUCAUUGUUCAGAAAGCCAAAGGUUCCUGUCCUCCAUGCCCCCAAAAUGCCCUCUGUGACAUUGACGGGUACUGUACCUGCAAGCCUGGAUACCAUUCUCAAUCAGGGGAGCGAGUCCUCACGUUCCCCUUGGACAUAUGUGAAGAUGUUGAUGAAUGUAAACCACCCUUCAGUAGGUAUUGUGGAAAAAAUGCUGAAUGUCAGAAUGUUGAAGGAAGUUUCUACUGUCGCUGUGACCCUGGAUACAAACUCCUCUCUGGAGAUACACAGUUCAUGAAUCCCAGUGACAACACUUGUCAGAAGAUCGCCUCCUCAAACAACACCAAAGGCAAUCAAGAGCUACAAUGGGUUGUUGAAGAUUUGGAGUCACGUCUUGCCAACAAGACUCUGUGGGAACUGGGAGAAAAGAGAAAAAUCGCAUCCAAAGUCACAUCUGUUCUGCAGAUGGUGGAAUCGACUGUUCUAAAAAUUACCUUGAAAACCCCAGACCAAGACAUCCAGAAAGUUCAAAACAGUGCUGUGGCUGUUAAAGUUCGAGUUGUUAGAGACAAUUGCUCUGAGGAAAGAAAGAUCUUCAACUUGAAUAUCCAGAUGAACUCACUGGACAUUGAUUGCAAUGACAUCAUCCAGGGAGACAUAAAAGGUCCCAGUGCAGUUGCCUUUAUUUCCUACUCUUCUCUUGGAAAUAUCAUAAAUGCAACUUUUUUUGGUGAGAUGACUGAGAAAGAUCAAGUGUACCUGAACUCCCACGUAGUAAGCGCUGCUAUUGGACCCAAAAGGAAUAUAUCUCUCUCCAAGGCUGUGAUUCUGAGUUUUCAGCAUACGAAGAAGACGAACCUCCAGGGCCAAAAUGUCACCUGCGUCUUCUGGAAAAGCACAGAGGAGGGUGGCCACUGGUCCAGGGAUGGCUGCUCCCUGGAACAGGUGAACAAGAGUCACACCACAUGCAGUUGCACUCACUUGUCCAGUUUCGCUGUCCUCGUGGCCCCCACCAGCCAGGAGGAGGAUGCCACCCUCGCUGUGAUCACCCACGUAGGGCUGAGCCUCUCCCUGCUGUGCCUCCUCCUGGCAGCCCUCACCUUCCUGCUGUGCAAAGCCAUCCAGAACACCAGCACGUCCCUCCACCUGCAGCUCUGCAUCUGCCUCUUCCUGGCGCACCUGCUCUUCCUCACGGCCAUCAACAGAACCGAGCACAAGGUGCUGUGCGCCAUCAUCGCGGGUGCCUUGCACUACCUCUACCUGGCCGCCUUCACCUGGAUGCUGCUGGAGGGCCUGCACCUCUUCCUCACCGCACGCAACCUAACGGCGGUCAACUACUCCAGCAUGAGCAGGUUCAUGAAGUUCAUGUUCCCUGUGGGCUACGGAGUCCCGGCUGUGAUUGUGGCCAUUUCUGCAGCUUCCGGGCCUCACCUUUAUGGAACGCCUAAUUGCUGCUGGCUCCAACUGGAGCAAGGAUUCAUCUGGAGUUUCCUUGGCCCUGUCUGUGCCAUUAUCUGUGUGAAUUUAGUGUUUUUUCUCUCGGUCCUUUACAUUUUGAAAAGAAAACUCUCCUCCCUCAACAGCGAAGUGUCAACCAUCCAGAAUGUAAGGAUGCUGACGUUUAAAGCAAUGGCCCAGCUCUUCAUCCUGGGCUGCACGUGGUGUCUGGGAGUCCUGCAGGUGGGCGCAGCUGCCCGUGUCAUGGCCUAUCUCUUCACCAUCAUCAACAGCCUGCAGGGCAUCUUCAUCUUCCUGGUGUACUGCCUCCUCAGCCAGCAGGUUCGAAAAUGGUUUGGAAAUGUCAUGAAACCUAAAUCUGAGUCUGAGAUUUUUACACACUCCAGCAGGUUUGCUGCUUACUCUAAAUCUAGUGAGAACAAAUGAAGUGAAAAUAUUAAAACUAGAGCAUUCAGCUUCACGUGGAAAGUCAUAUCCAUGCAUCUGGUUGGCAUUGUGAAGAACGAAGCUGAGAACAAAAGAACUCAUUAUACACAUCAUUCUUGGAGAAGAAAUGUUU